GGUUGGAGAUAUAUGUGUGUGUGCACACGUGCAUGUGUGUCCUGUCCUGGUCCUGCUUUUGGGAGCUGUAGUGGGUUGGGGAUGGUGCAUGCACAUACACCAUGCUGUCAUGCCUAGCCCUGCCCUCUGGUACCCCCAUCCCAGAUUUCCCUCAAAUGAUUAUGGUUACCCUAGAUAAAGUCAAGCUUUCAGAUAUAAAGUAUCCUUUCUCACCCACAAAAGUCCUUGCCUCACAUUAAAGGUUGUUGUCUUGCCCUGGUGGGUCAGACCAACUCUCAGGAUCUCAAUAUUGCACUGUUAGACAGGAGGGUGACACAAUUGCACAUAUAUAAAACAUGCACAAAUCAAUUAGGUAAAUACACACACACUCUACCAGCUCAGACACACACACAUCCAAACCAGCCUAGGCACAUGCAUAUUUAUUACCAAUUCAAGCACAUACACUGUAUACCCCAAAAGUUAGACACAGAUCACUAAUUCGUAUAUCAUGCACACAAUGCCAUUAUAUAUACACACACAACACCCAUACACACGCGUUCAAAAUAACCAGUAUAAGUUCAUGCACACCUGUCACCAGUUUAAGUCCAUACAUGCUACAUACACCAAAUUGAGACAGAAUUAGUUACCAGUUACCAACACCUGCACAUCCAGUACACAUACGUGGAUUACUAAUUCAUAUACCGCACACACAAUGAUAUGUAUAUGUAUGUAUGUGUAUUCACUAAUUCACACACAUACCACCCACCUACACACAGGUGAGUUCCUAAGUUGGGUGUUGUGACGUGUAUGUAUGCAUGUGCUUGGUGUACUUGGGAUACCUGGGGAAAGGUUAAGGUAAGAAAGAAGUGUAGGGAGUUAAAGUUACCAGGACCAGGAUUAGAACCAGUAGACUACAGGGGCCUGAGCUGAAGAACUGAGGCUGGGGGUAACUUUAGGUUAAUUGAUCUUAAUUGAUUAAAAGACAACACCCAAAGCCUGCAGAACAGGGAAGCAUGCCACACAGAGUCUGGGACUGGAGCCAGAGCUACAGGGGGAGCUGAAAAGGUAGGUGCUGGAGAGGGAAAGUGGGAUUAAGGGAAAGUGUGGGUGUUAAAAAGGGGCUCUGGGUGUGGGGGAGCCAGAGGAUAGCUCCGAGGCAGCUAGAGAAGUUGAAGACUGGGGCAGUAGGUGCUGGGAGCUGGAGAAAACUACAGGAGCUGGGAAGCUGCAGGGGGGGGAGCCCGAAAACAGAGAAAUGGACAGGAGAAAAAUCACAAAAAAAGCAGCAGGAGAGACUGAAAGGCAGCAGGGGCAGAGGGGUGGGGGGCUGAAACUGACAGAGACAGACUGGAAUUUAAGAUAACGAAGGGACUGGGAUUCAGGAAAACAUGACUCAACUUGGGGUUGCAAGUGACAGUGGUUUUAUUGAACAGGGGAGAUGGUGACACAAUGCCAAAUUGGUUCCCUUGCACCAACACACACAAUGGCAGCAGGGGUUAAAGAGGCUUGGUGCAGGGGCUAAAGUCCACUGAAGUCCAGGAGGAGAGAGAGAGAGUCCAAAUUGUAGGAGGUGUACAGGUAGUAUCUACCUAUCCAGGCUGGAAGGGAUCCUUGUCCUGUAGGUGUUGCCCAGAGGGGAGUCACGGGCAGGGCCUCUGGGUGGAUAGGUGGUGUGAGCAUGGUGCUGUUCCAGAUGUAAGUGGCAUUCCCACUGGGUCUGUCUUCACUGCUCCUUUUUAUAGGGGCAAACCUUGUGUGACCCUAGUGACAGGAGGCAUGCCCAGGCAAGGGUUAGCCCUUGAUGUACUGAGCAUGUGUGCUCCAUGCAGGGAUGUGCAGUUUUGCGUGUCUGUAAUGGUGAGAGUUGCUGGUUUUGCAGGGAGGGUCCUUUGUCUUUCAAAUGCCAGUCUUGCCUCUGUUCCUGGGUGGUCCGUGGUUCCUGGGCGAAUCAAUGCGAGGUGAUGGUCCAGUCAUUACAGGCCAUUCAGUAGAGGCCUGCUACCAUUGUAUUUCAAUCAUUUCCAAUCACACUCAUUCAUCGGGGAACCAAUUUACAUGGGAGGGGUAGGUGACUCAUACAGUUGCAACAUGAGAUGCCCAGGCAGAGGACAGAAGAUGGAGGCUUGACAUAAAAAAAGAAAAAAAAAAAAAAUAGAAACUUGACAUGACUUUGGUUCACUUACAAACACAGGCCUAAACCAUACAAUAUCCAUAUGAAACAAUACAAAUCAAUAUGAAAAUGAUGAUAAUACAAUAUAAAACAGUAAAAAUCAAUACAAACUUAAUAAUUAUACAAUAUAAAACAGUGGAUAUCCAAAACCAAAAACUUGCUACCAAAAUAGAAAUGUUUAAAGCUUAUCCUAAGUUUGAGCUCACUUAUACUUAUCUAUAGGGAAUAGAGAGGGAGAGAAAAAGUCAGAAAUGGUUGGGGAAGGGGAGGGAAUGCAUUUUAAAAUAAAUACAAAAAAAACCUGGGGGUUCUGUUACAGGUGAGUGUUAGUAAUUCCCCUAUGAGGGAAUAUGCAAAAGCCAAAAUGUAGCCAGUUUGCAGUUGUAUGUGAUUCACUGCAGAGGAUUCUUUAGUAGGAGUGAGAACAAGUUAUAUUAUUAUAAGAAUUGCCUCACUGAAAUAAAUCAUUUUUCUAGUUUCCUCUAAAUACUACUCUGAAGAUGUAGGGCAAAACACGAUGGACAGCUCCCUAGGGUAACUUAUCCCUCUGGAUCCUUUUGUUCACGCUGCUCUCCAGGGAACUCUUCUCCCCAGGACCAGAGUGCCUCUGUAGCCCUGGAGCCAAACCUUUAUACCUAUUAACUCUACCCCCAUCCGAUCACCAGAUCCCUGCUUCUAGGAGCCAGGUGCAGGGGUUCCUACUGAGCAAUCUACAGGCUUGCCUCUCCACAGCCCUCCUCCCUACCAGUAGACUCUCCUAGUCAAGUACCUCUGCACUGCCUUGCAGUCAAGCCAGCCUUUCUUCAAGCUGCCCUCCACACUGUCUUGCAGCCCCUUCAAUACCUGGAUCUACACUCAGGAACAGGGGUUUCUUAUUGGCUCAGUUAUUAGCAGUCUGCUCAGAUCUGCUGCAGCCACUAUUUAACCCACUGUCUGGAGCUCAGCCCUUGUAGCCUAUCUAUCUCAUUUACCAGCUUGCUUCAGGUAAGUGGCCUGCAGCUUUGGAGCUACUACUCCUUUCUCCCUUUCAGCUGCCCAGUUCUCACUGUUGGUUUUCACUCAGCUGUCUUCCUCUCUUAAAGCGGCAAGGGUUAGGGGCCACUGUUACACCACAUCAUUCUCUUGUUUACCAUUCAUUACCUGUAGAAACUGGAAUGCCUAAUGGCUUUCACUUCUUAGAGGGCAUGAAGGUAGAUUUAAAACGUGUUUAUGUAACAAAAAUACACAAGUUGGCUUACAAAAACAACUGUUUAGGUGAAACCAACUGAACACACAUUUAUGCUGCUUCUGUUCUUUAGUCCAGUAAGGUUGGAGAUACCAGAUGAGAUCUUCAGCUGAUAUAAAUUAGUGUUUUGGCGUCAAUGAAGGCACAGUAAUAAAUACUGACUGGGGAUCUUUCCUAGUAAUACCCUGGCAGAAUGUGUGAACCAAAUCAGAAGCGCUCUUUUUGAUUAAAGAAAUGCCACCAUAUGGCCUAUUCUUUUGUAUUUUUCAUGAUGGGAAAACAAGCCUAAGAUCCACAACAGCAUGACAGGUAGGACAGAGAAGAAAAGAAGAACUUCCAUUCUAAUGGUGAUAAACCAACAACCAAAGAAAGCAGAAACUUUCUUGGGCAGCGAAUAUGAGGAAAAGGUCCGUCCUUGCAUUGAUCUCAUCGACUCUUUGAGAGCCCUUGGAGUAGAAAAGGACCUUGCUUUGCCAGCAAUUGCCGUGAUAGGAGAUCAGAGCUCUGGAAAAAGCUCAGUCCUAGAAGCACUGUCUGGUGUUGCUCUUCCUAGAGGCAGCGGAAUUGUUACCAGAUGUCCUUUAGAGCUCAAACUGAAGAAAAGCCAUGUUCCAGAAGACUGGAAAGGGAAAAUAAAGUACAAGGAGGUAGAGCAAGAACUAUAUUAUCCCUCAGAAGUGGAGAAAGAAAUAAGAAAUGCCCAGGAUUUAAUGGCUGGCAAAGGAGUGGGCAUUAGCCAAGAACUAAUCUCCCUAGAAAUCAGCUCUCCAUAUGUUCCAGAUCUGACCCUAAUUGACCUCCCAGGGAUUGCAAGAGUUGCUGUGGGGAAUCAGCCCCAGGACAUUGGAAACCAGAUCAUAAAACUUAUUAAAACAUAUAUUACCAAACAAGAAACCAUAAAUUUGGUGGUGGUACCCAGUAAUGUAGAUAUUGCAACUACAGAGGCCCUAAAAAUGGCUAAUGAGGUGGACCCUAAUGGGGAGAGAACUCUAGGAAUUCUGACCAAACCAGAUUUGGUGGACAAAGGAACAGAAAGAACUGUUGUUGACAUAGUCCGAAAUUUAAGUGUUCCUCUAAGGAAGGGUUAUAUGAUUGUAAAGUGUCGUGGACAACAAAACAUCAAUGACAAGUUGACCCUGGCUUCUGCAAUUACAAGAGAGAGAGAAUUCUUUGAGGAGCACGAACAUUUUAGCAUUCUUCUGGAAGAAAAAAAGGCUACUAUCCCUCUUGUGGCAGAAAGACUUACACAGGAACUGAUAGAUCACAUUAAUAAAUCCCUGCCAAAUUUGGAAAAGCAAAUACAGCACAAACUCCAGGUUGCAAGCAAAAAGUUACAAAAGUGUGGCCUAGGCAUACCAGAGACAGCUGAAGGGAAGAUGCUCGUUCUAAUAGAGAAAAUCAAGCUCUUCAAUCAGGACAUCAUGAAUGCAGUGCAGGGAGAAGAGGUUUGCACUAACAAAGAGAGUCCUAAACUCUUCACAAAAAUUUGAAAACUCUUUAAUGAAUGGGAAACAGAUAUUAAUAACAAUGCACUGAAUAUGAAAGACCUCAUGAAAGAAGAAAUUUUGAAAUUUGAAAAUCAGUAUCGGGGAAGAGAGCUCCCAGGAUUUAUCAAUUACAGAACAUUUGAGACCAUUGUAAAGGAGCAAAUUGGGUUGCUAAUAAUUCCAGCUACUACAGUGCUGAAGAACACAACUGACCUUGUACGAGAUGCUUUUACUGAAAUUGCUGUGAAACACUUUGAUAAUUUCCUUGCUCUUCACAGAGCAGCAAAGAGUAGCAUUGAAGACCUAAAACAAACACAAGAAGAAGCAGCUGAAAAUAUGAUUCAAACCCAGUUCAAAAUGGAAAGAAUUGUCUACUGCCAGGACAGACUUUACAGUGGAGCUUUAGAGGAAGCUAGGAGGCUUCCUCAAUCUACUCAGCGUUUCCAUUCGUCUUACACUCUGGAUUCCCCAAAACAGUAUUCCAUUAACGAAAUGACUUAUCACUUGACUGCAUACUUCAAGGGGGCAGGUAAUCGACUCUCCACUCAAAUACCUUUAAUUAUUCGUUCCUAUGUCCUCAAAGACUAUGGUGAAAAGUUACAGAAUGCUAUGAUGCAACUUUUGCAAGAUAAAGACCAGUUCAACAUACUUCUUAAGGAGCGGAAAGACAUGUCCAGUGACAGGACCAAUUUGAAGGAAAGUAUUAAACGUCUGAGAGAAGCUCAACAACAUUUAGCAAAGUUCUCGAUUUAAAGUAGCCAUGCUUAAGCAACGGCACAUUUUCUUUCGUUUUUAUGCCUGAAUCUUUGGAGUUGGUGUUCAGUUAGAUGUAGGAUUUUAUUUUUUGUACGGUGUGUGUAUUUUUGCUGUAGAGACUCAUUGGAGACUCCUGUUUGGUGAAUUAUCCUGAAUAUGUUAAUAAAUAGUUGAAGUAUGUAUGUUUUCUUUUA